CAGGAGCUGUGGCGGCUCCGCUAUCCCAGCGGAGCCAAGCGUGGAGGUAGAGCGGCUGCCCAGGCGCCCGUGUCCCCGCCUUAGGAUGCCACAGCACGGUGCUCGUCAUGAAGAGUUCCCAUGAAGCGUGGCCUUUGUGAUAUUCCCUUCUUUGACACAUUUCCCACAGAAGGUGGUGUGAGGACACCAUGACAGUCACAGUGGUUUAUGAUAACUCUGAGGCAACAGAGCUCUGUGCUGCUCAGCACCUCUACCUCAAGCCUAUAGCAAAAUUAAUGAUCAACGUAUUGCUCCCAGAAUGUAUAGAAUCCGUGAGGCCCUUCUCUAAUUGGGAAGUUCUUGACCAACUGAAAAGUUUGAUUUGCCCUGACCAGUUCACCACAGUGCGACUCUCCAAGAGUACAAAAGACUUCAUCCGAUUUGAGGGUGAGGCUGAAACCCGAAGUUUGGUUCAGAUCCUGAAAGCCAAGUUACAUGGGAAGAUCAUCAAGCUAAAUGGUUUGAAAACGGACUUGAAAGUAGUGGCUACAGAUGCCCAGGGAGAGUGGGAACACUUCCCCAAAGAGAAAGAGGCCUCGGUGACUGCGGGAGCUGAAGAACAAGAGCAUGCCAAGAGUCCAGAUUCCAUCUAUUUUGAAGGCUUGCCCUGUAAGUGGUUCGCACCUAAGGGCUCCAGUGGAGAGAAGCCCUGUGAAGAGAUCCUUCGCGUAGUCUUUGAGAGUUUUGGGAAGAUCAAGAAUGUGGAUAUCCCCAUGCUCGACCCCUAUAGAGAAGUCAUGACAGGUGGGAGCUUUGGGGGUUUUAACUUUGGCUUGCAAACAUUUGAGGCCUUUAUCCAGUACCAGGAGUCAACUGACUUUAUAAAAGCCAUGGAAUCCCUUCGAGGCAUGAAGCUCAUGCUUAAAGGAGACGACGGCAAGGCUCUGGCAUGCAACAUUAAGGUUAUGUUUGAUACAACCCAGCAUUUCAGUGAAGGAGCUAUCCAGAGGAGAAAUCAGGAAAGGCUAAAAUUGCAAGAGCUUGAGGAAGAGAGGAAAAAAGAAAAGAAGAGAGAAGAGGAAGUAGCUGAAAGAAAAAGAAAAGAUGAAGUAAGGAAAGCCCAAGAGAAGAGAAAGAAGGCCAGGGACAGGAGGCGAUCUCUGAAGGAAAGAGACAGACACCGGCCAAGGAAGGAGAAGGUGAAAGCCAAGGCUGAGACUCGUCAGGAGCUGGACUCUUCAGAGGAGUGGGAGGAGAGGAAGUACUUGCUGGCUCAGCGGCGGGUUGAGGCCCUUCGAUUGCUCCGGGUACUCCUGAAGAAAAUUGCGGUUUGGAUGAAAAGGGAGAAGAUGCUUGAGCCUUGUCAGGCUCAUAUUAGCCUUGUCCUGAACUAUCUGGGAUCCACGCAGUGUAACCCUCAGGAGGUUGAUGUUCCAAAGCCUGAAGUGCAACACGCCCCAGGGACUGCAUUGAAACCUCCAGAGGAAGAAGAAUUAAGCACUCUGCAGGAAGAAAUGCCGAGUUCUCAAGUUCCCAAGUCUGACAAUAAACAAAAACAAAAAGUGAAGAAAAGAACUAAAGCCCAGUUACAGAAAUCUUCACAUAGCCCUGGAGUGAAACAAGUAAGAGACUCAACCAGAAAGGAGUUACCUGAUGAGUACCAUUACAGUUUGGUCUCUGACCAGAAUUCCUUGCAGAGUACAGCAAAUCCAGACCAGUCCCUUGAAAAAGAAGACUGCAACGACAGAAGUUCUAAUGAGUCAUAUUCUUCUAGACAAGUUGUGAUAAACCAUGGCAGGAAACAGAAGAUCUAUGAAACAGAUGAAUUUAUUGACUAUCUAUUAAACUAUUAUCAGACUCCAGAAUAUGCCCGAUUCUGCCUCGACGCGAGUCACCUAACAAGUACAUGUCAGUGGCAGAGAGACGUCUACGCUAAGGGGGAUGGAUUUCAGGUCAGUCUGAGAAAGCAUAGCUGCCACUCGACCAGUCUGAGUGAAGAGGAGAGCCUGGAAGGGAAAGACCAGGAUCAAGACGGGGGCUGGCCAAAGGAGUAUAUGAAGGAUCUCGAGACCGAGCCAGAAAACACAGGGAAGACCAAUUAUACCAAAGAAUUUUUUAAGAAAUUAAAAAACCAUUGCAAUGACAUGGCAAGUGAAACUGAAGAUCACCUGUCCCCAAAUGAUGGAGAAAGCUAUCCUGUGGAAAAGAUUCACAACCACAGAGUCAAAGAUUCUCACUACGCAAGAAAAAGUCCAGUUUCUUCAUCAUUAAGGUCAGCAGACGUAGGUUUGUCAUUGGCAGACUUCUUGGAGGAAAUCAGUAGUGAUUCUGAGUGCUUCACUGAAACCCUUAGCGUGAACGAAGAGGAGGAAGAAAGAUCCAUGGCUGUCUAUGAUAGCUCCCCUGAACGAAGGCCUCUCGACACUGACAAAAUCAUUACUUGCCGGCAGAAAACUAGGUCAAGUCAGCAGGCCUUGAAUUCAGCGUGGAAACCCGACAGUGAGGAAAAGCGCUUUAGGCACAGAGUAAGGGCACCAGGUAAAAGGUCCAAGUAUGAACUGCGAUAUUCGUGGCUUGAGGGUGGAUGGGAUUCCAUUCGAGUUCACAAGAACACAGGCAAAACUAGAGAAAAAAUAGACCCCAGCCCUGUGUUUGAUGAAGGCUACUACCACGAAUCCAGUUCCAGUGAUGAAUUAGAGAGCAUCUCAAGAAAGAGGAGGAGAGUUACUGGUAGUAUGUUUGGCCAGAAUGUGAAAUACAGACCCCUUUAUAUGCCAUUAAUGCCACCAAAGCGUGCUAGAGCUUUAUAUUUGGGAUACUUCUCCAGAAAAAGGCAGAACUCUUGGAAGUCAGAAUAUAACCAGGCUGUAAGAAGGUUUAAAAGAUAUGGCAUGCUUGAUGCUGGUCAUUAUUAUGUCGGUCAUGAUGACAACCAGGACCACAUUGAGUACGGAGGCUACUUAGGAGACAGCUACUCUGGCUCUUUGUAUUUGAAAAUGUUUUGA